AUGCUUCCCCUCGGCGCCGCAGCCCUCCUCCUCCUCAGCCCCCGCCGAGCGGCGGCCUGGGCCGCCCCCGCGUAUAGCGACCUCCGCCUCGUGUGGCAGGACGUGUUCGCGGGCCCGGGCGGCUCGGCGCCCAACGCCGGGUCGUGGAACACCAUAACCAACAUCAACGUCAAUGGCGAGUGGCAGCGCUACACGACCGACUCGCGCAACCUGCAGAUCUCGGGCGGCGGGACGGUCCAGAUCGUGCCCUGGCGCAACGGCCAGACGGGCGAGUGGACCUCGGGCCGCAUCGAGUCCAAGUACACCUUCACGCCCCAGCCGGGCGCCGUCACCGUGGCGGAGGCUCAGGUCCGGUUCGGCACCAACGACGUCGGCCGCAAAAAGGGGCUCUGGCCCGCCUUUUGGCUGCUGGGCGACGCCAUCCGCCGCGGCACGCCGUGGCCGCAGUGCGGCGAGCUCGACAUCCUGGAGACGGUCAACGGCGCCCUUACUGGGUACGGCACCGUGCACUGCGACGUCUACCCGGGCGGCCGGUGCAACGAGCCGAACGGCGUCGGCGGCACCGUCGGCAUCCCGGACCAGGGGUGGCAUACGUGGCGGAUCCAGUGGGACCGCCGCCCCGGCGACUGGCGGUCCGAAACCAUCUCGUGGUUCAUCGACGGGCGCCAGUUCUUUAGCAUAAACGGCGAGCGGAUCGGCGACGCGGCGGUGUGGCAGUCGCUAUGCCACCAGCCGCUCUACUUCAUCCUCAACAUGGCCGUCGGGGGAACGUUCCCGGGCCCUCCCAACGGCGAUACCCUGGACGGGUACGGCUCCAUGCUAGAGGUAGCAUACGUGGCUCACUUUAUCAGCACGUAG